UGGCUUCGGAUGCGACAAGCGCAGGCGGAGAUGGUACUCCAGUCGAUGAAUAUAUUAAGACAAUGACACACAACUACGUCUCUCGCAAGGCCGACAUCGAAGGAGCCAAAAGGGUAGAAAUAAAGGGUCGGUCUAUUUUACAUGAGGGCGUCAAGGUUCGAGGGGACCUUCAGAUAGUAAAAAUUGGAAGAUACUGCGAAAUCGGGGCGUUGACAUCUCUCGAGCCACCCGAAAUUCCAUUUCGAAAAGACAAGCGAGUGCCCAUGAUCAUCGGAAGCCACACGCACAUCGGAAAGGAAUGCACCAUUCAGGGGGCGGCCAUUGGAAGCAGUAAGUCAGAGAACGACAGAUGAAUCAAAACUUGGUGGGCUAGAUCUGCAACAUGCGAUUUUCAUUUUUGUCCGUUMCUGACAUAUCAUACUUGCACACACUUGGCGAUGUUUCGCUGCUCUUAAUCUGGAUUUUGUUCCAUUGCAAUCCUCCGUUAUUUUGACCUUCAAACUAUAAUUAUCAGUGGUUUCGAUUGGAGACAACGUGAAAAUUGGCAAGCGAUGUAUCAUCAAAGACAAUUGCAUCAUAGAAUCAAAUGUUACCUUGGGAGACGAUACGGUCAUUCCACCAUUUACAUUAAUAUCGCAGAAUAAUCCUACUUUUUAUCAGCAAUUGCCACCAAGCGUGGCAGUUCAAACACAGGAAGUAUCGUUGGACCGUUACUCAGAAUUCAAACAAAAGCAGCGAGCGAUACAAUGACGUGAUGGUGGUGAAGUAAACAAUCUUGUYGAGAGACGGUAGAAGCAACUUUUGUUGCUUGAAAAUYUACGAACAUAGAUUUAAUACAAAUGCCUAACUCCG